AUGUCUCGCUCCGUAUCAUCUUCACGGGGCUCUGAGUCUCCCAUGGAGCCUGAACGUGCUCACAGAGCCUGUGAAAAGUGUACUCGCACUAAAAAGAAAUGUGACAAAGCAUUGCCUGCUUGUUCUCGUUGUACGAGGCUUGCAACCACAUGCUCCUACGAUUUUAUCUACACGGCCCCAACUACCGCUGUUGUGGAACCGGGAUAUCUUGCAGGAUCUACGCCCAAGGAAGCUUACGGACAGGGUAUAUUCGAUCCUGCUUUCGAUGUCUCGAGCUCGAUGAUUAUGGCUCUUCUGUCUUCGCGCAACAUCCCUUGGCGCGAGGCCACAGAGCGCUACUUUGAAACUAUGAAUCCCUGGUUCUCCGUCGUUCACCCUGAACUUUUCGCCAUUCGUACAGACAGUAUUGGCUCUGGCUCUGGUUCUGGUCCCAGCUUCGGUGCCAAUCAAGCUCCUCGCGAUCCCGCCGUUGCCCUCUUGAUUGUCUGCAUGCAGCUCGUCUCUCAAUACGAUGACGAGGCUGCUGCUGCAAGCACCAAUGUUAAUGAGGGUAAAGACAUGAUCGAGAUGCCUGCUUACCGAGCAGCCAAGCGAGCUCUGAGUGUCCUUCGUGGCCUUUCCGCUCCCAGCAUUGAGCUUGUGCAAUGCUCUAUCUUGCUCGCACUCUUUGAGUUCGGUCAUGGUGAUGUCAUGCGUGCCUACGUUAGUAUCGGAGAUGCCAAUACUAUGGCGUUGGUUCUACGCAUCCGCCCUGGGAAAUAUGUUGAGGCCGAACGGGAGGCUAAUAUACCUUACGAAGAAGAAGAGCGUCGCUGCAUCUACUGGAGUCUUUUUGUACUGGAUCGUCUUAUCCAUGUUGAUUGUUCUCUUAUUCAUAUGCCACUUCAGGUGCCCUCGCCUGCUGUAGAUGACUUGCUACCGACAAGCAAUUUGAUCUGGCACGAUCAAAACCAGUCGCCUACACGCUCCGUCCAGCGGCAUCCUGCAAAUAUUGCGCCUUCGGUGCCUCUCGGACCGUUCCAAAGGAACUGCCAGUGUGCCAUGCUUUAUACAAGAGCCUAUUCGCCUAAGCCCCAGGGGAAUCCAAAUGCUCUUCUGGAGGAGUAUGUUGAACUUGAUAUUGCAACCAGGGCCUUGGUGGAAGCCAUGAUCAUGCAGACUUCUCGUUGGGGCGACUUUUAUGAAUGUUUUGCUACAUGCACAUGUCUUCUUCUCUUCCUCUACUGUCGUCAACUCCGCGCCGCCAGCACGAUAACCGCCGUCGGUCCUUUUUCCCCAACAUCUGAUGAUAUCGCACCCAAGGCCAUCGCCGGUCUCAACUUCACCAUUCGUAUCAUCGCUGAUACCACUACCGACCUCAACGACCAGCUCGCUCACCGCCCGCACCUCCUGGCUCCUUGCUCCCCCGUCACACCUUACUCGGCUUAUCACUGUCUCAUGGUUUUGAGUCACCUGGAACACUUGAUACCCGAAGCCGAUACAAGAUUUCACAACAUAUUCGCAUCGUUGCACUUCUUUGCUAAGAGAUGGGGAGUUGCCGGACAACUUGUCAACAAGGUUGAACUGUUUUUAGCGGAUUCCGACGAGACGCAAUGGUGCUUUAUGGACGACUAA